GUGAGGGUGCCGGAGGGCAGACGCGGUGACAACAGCGGCUGCCGGACCCGGAAGUAGGGGUUGCCAGUGGCCGCCCCGGGAGCGGGAGCUGAAACGGGAUCCUCGGUGGGGCUGCGGGAGUCAGUGUUGAAAGCAGUGUUGCACUACAGAAGAACCGUUUCUGAACAUCUUCAUUGCCAUUUCCCUGACACUGAAGCCUGAAGGGCCGAGGGCCCAGACAACUAUAAGACAAGAUGAAGACCGUGCUCAUGGUUGCAGAAAAGCCAUCCUUGGCUCAGUCCAUUGCCAAAAUCCUCUCUCGAGGGAGUAUGUCCUCACACAAAGGGCUGAACGGAACCUGCUCAGUGCAUGAGUACACCGGAACCUUCGCUGGCCAGCCAGUCCGCUUCAAGAUGACAUCUGUCUGUGGUCACGUAAUGACCCUAGACUUUCUGGGAAAGUACAACAAAUGGGAUAAGGUGGACCCUGCAGAGCUGUUCAGCCAAGCCCCAACGGAGAAGAAGGAAGCUAACCCCAAGCUGAACAUGGUGAAGUUCCUGCAGGUGGAAGGCAAAGGCUGUGACUACAUCGUGCUGUGGCUGGACUGCGACAAAGAAGGGGAGAACAUCUGCUUUGAGGUCCUGGAUGCUGUACUGCCCGUCAUGAAUCCGGCCCACGGCAGCGAGAAGACAGUGUUCCGGGCCAGGUUUAGCUCCAUCACGGACACAGACAUCUGCAACGCCAUGGCCCGCCUGGGCGAGCCUGACCACAAUGAGGCGCUCUCGGUGGAUGCCCGGCAGGAGCUGGACCUGCGCAUCGGCUGUGCCUUCACCAGGUUUCAGACUAAGUAUUUCCAGGGGAAAUACGGUGAUUUAGACAGCUCCCUCAUCUCCUUUGGGCCAUGUCAAACCCCUACCCUGGGGUUCUGCGUGGAGAGACAUGACAAAAUCCAGUCCUUCAAACCAGAGACCUACUGGGUGCUGCAGGCCAAGGUUAACACCGAUAAAGACAGAUCUCUCCUUUUGGACUGGGACCGAGUGCGAGUGUUUGACCGGGAAAUAGCACAGAUGUUUUUAAACAUGACCAAGAUGGAGAAGGAAGCCCAGGUGGAGGCCACAAGCAAGAAAGAGAAAGCCAAGCAGAGGCCUCUGGCCCUGAACACUGUGGAGAUGCUGCGUGUGGCAAGCUCUUCUCUGGGCAUGGGGCCACAGCAUGCCAUGCAGACUGCCGAGCGGCUCUAUACACAAGGCUACAUCAGCUACCCACGGACCGAGACCACCCACUACCCCGAGAACUUUGACCUGAAGGGCCUUCUGCGGCAGCAGGCCAAUCACCCCUACUGGGCCGACACGGUGAAGCAGUUGUUAUCAGAAGGUAUCAACCGCCCACGGAAAGGUCACGAUGCUGGUGACCAUCCGCCCAUCACCCCCAUGAGGUCUGCCACAGAGGCUGAAUUAGGAGGCGAGGCCUGGUGGCUCUAUGAGUACAUCACCAGGCACUUCAUCGCCACGGUUAGCUACGACUGCAAGUACCUCCAGAGCACCAUUUCCUUCAGGAUUGGGCCUGAGCACUUCACCUGCACAGGGAAGACUGUCAUCUCACCAGGCUUCACGGAGAUCAUGCCCUGGCAGAGCAUACCCCUGGAGGAGAGCCUGCCUACCUGCCAGAGGGGUGACACCUUCCCCGUGGGUGAGAUGAAGAUGCUGGAGAAGCAGACAAGCCCACCCGACUACCUGACAGAGGCUGAGCUCAUCACACUCAUGGAGAAGCAUGGCAUUGGGACAGAUGCCAGUAUUCCUGUGCAUAUAAAUAACAUCUGCCAGCGCAACUACGUUGUCGUGGAGAGCGGGCGCCGGCUCAAGCCCACCAACCUUGGCAUUGUCCUGGUGCAUGGCUACUACAAGAUCGAUGCGGAGCUGGUGCUUCCCACUAUCCGCAGCGCCGUGGAGAAGCAGCUGAACCUGAUUGCCCAGGGCAAGGCUGACUACCGCCAAGUCCUGGGCCACACCCUGGAUGUCUUCAAGAGGAAGUUCCACUACUUUGUUGACUCCAUCGCUGGCAUGGACGAAUUGAUGGAGGUGUCAUUUUCACCUCUGGCGGCCACAGGCAAGCCCCUCUCCCGCUGUGGGAAGUGCCACCGGUUCAUGAAGUACAUCCAGGCCAAGCCAAGCCGCCUGCACUGCUCCCACUGUGAUGAGACCUACACACUCCCCCAGAAUGGCACCAUCAAGCUCUACAAGGAACUCCGGUGCCCACUGGAUGACUUCGAGCUGGUCCUGUGGUCAUCAGGCUCUCGAGGCAAGAGCUACCCGCUGUGCCCCUAUUGCUACAACCACCCGCCCUUCCGGGACAUGAAGAAAGGAGCUGGUGGAGCUGAAGCACGCAGCCUCCUGCCACCCCAUGCACCGCAAUGGGCCGGGGAGGCGGCAGGGCCGAGGGCGGGCCCGGGGCCGGCGGCCUGCAGGGAAGCCCAAUGCCAGGCGGCCGAAGGACAAAAUGUCAGCGCUGGCUGCCUACUUUGUAUGAUGGCCCUGCCAUCCUCACCUUGGCUCCAGGUGGUUGUCCUUUGGGCCAUGGAAAUCAUUAAAACAUAUUUUGUCUCCUCCAGAGCAAAUAUCUGGGGACCUUUUGCUGGUGUCAGAGGGUUACUGUGUCCUCCCCACCCAUUUCCUCAUUGCACCUCCCGUCCCUAUCUCCCUACAUCUCCCUUCAUUCUACACACACCUAAAUGCCUGCUCUCCCCACACCCCAGUGGUGCCUGCAGGGAGCCCACCAAGUGUGAAAGUGGUAGCUGUGUCACCCCAGGCAGAUGUCACAGGAGGGAGGCCUGGUGGAGGGAGUGGGGCUGAGAGAAGUGCUUUCUGUCCCCGGCGCUCACUGCAGCUCACCGUUCAGGGUCAGACCCCACACUCCCCACUCAGCGUCUCUGAGCAGGUCCGCGCCACUGGCAGCCUCCCGGGGCCUGGUCUGAUUCUCGUUCCCAGACAAGCCCUUAUCGUCUCAUACAGAGACAGCCCAUACCUUACAGCAGGGAGCUUAACGAGGGUGCCAUAGUAAGCCAUUCACAUGCCAGGUUUAGAAAAUAGCCUUUCAGCCACAGCAGCCUGUGGGGUGGGGUGCAAGCCAUGGCUGCCUGCCCACCUGUCCUUCCUGAAUUCUAGGCUCCGGCCUGGAGGAGCAUCCACCUUAGGCAGCCAUAUGUUGUCUGAGCUUUGGAAACUCCACCCCCAGCCAGGUGGCAACAGGAGCUCAGUAAAGCAGCUUUCCAGGCUAUUCAGUGGAACACUUGUACGAGGAGCAGAUCAGAGAUGUUGUGCACAGGGACCCCCUAUCUUGACAAUAGAUUCACAGUGUGCACUAGAACAUAGAAGGCUCUGAGAAGAGCCGCCAUCAAUAAACCCGUGGCUUCACCUGGCAUUCCACGUAGGCGCUGCACCCACCAGGCUCCCACUUCCUGGAGGCCCCAAUGAGCCAACCGAUGUUCCCUAAACACGGUUUGGGAAACUUCUCUGGAAGCUUUUAAAAGGCUUCUCCUGAGAACAGGCUCCCUGGGGAGCUGUGCUGCAGCAGCUUGGAAGAUGUCUCAGAGGAGGGGGCAUUCUCAGGUUCAUGCUCCUUUCCCACUCCCUGCCUGCUCUGGUCAGAUUCUGGGACACUGACAAAGCCACAUCUGGUAGUGGGUCAGGUCCGAGGCACGGGGUCACCACGAUGGCCCAAUCACAUUGAGCAAACCCAGAGCAUUCUCACCUUAUGUUCUAGGACCUCUCCAGUGAGGCAGCAAAGGUAGAGGCUCAGUUUGGGCUUUGAGGGCAGAGACUACAUUUCUUACCAGGGUUCUGCACUGUGUUCUCAGCCUCAAACAAGGCUAAUAAAGGAUUCAUUUCUUUUUUUCUGCAA